AUGGACUCCACCCUAAUUCAAUCCCCUAACAACAAGACAUUCGCUUCCAAGCUCCCCAUCAAACGCAAAACCCCCGACUCAAUUCCUCCCAACACGCCGCCGUUCAAGUUCCACCGGAUAUGGACCGAAUCCGACGAGAUCCGAUUUCUCCAGGGCCUAUUGGACUGCUCCUCCCACAAUUUAGCCUUCCCGCGCGACUUGGGAAUCUUCUACACCCGCUUCUCCCACACCAUGUCGCAGCCCUACACCAAAUCCCAGCUCUCCGAGAAGCUCCGCCGCCUCCGCAAGAAGUUUCGGGUCAUCUCCACCCGUCUCUCCAAGGGCAUGGACCGAUCGCAGUUGUCCUUGCAUGAUCGCGCGCUCCACGACCUCUCCAAGCGCCUCUGGCACCCGGAAUUCGCCGCGAUCUCGCCCUUUAGCGGUGCCAGGAAUGUGGGAUUGAAGCACGGCAGCAAUGCCGGUGAUGACGGCGAUGGGAAUUUGAAAAAAUCGAGUCUUGUUGGAAUCAAGGUCGAUUUUUCGCCUACGUUGCCGGUGAUGGAGAAUUUUGGGAAUUCAGAAUCAAAUUGUGGCAAUGAGGGAAGUGAUGAUCACGAUGAUGAGGUUAAAUUGAGUGAGGUGAAUGUGGAGUUUGAAGGGAAAGAGGCAAUUGCGGAGGAUGAGGCAUUAGAGGAUGCAGAGGUGGGGCAUAAUGUGGAUUUCAGGCAUGAGAAUGAAAUUGGGGAGGUGGCGGCUAAGGUGGUGAUGAACGUGUUUGAUGAGUGUUUGAAGGAGGUGAGGAGGGUGAUAGGUGGUGGAAUGGGCUCACGGAGCUUCCAUGCUCGGUGGCGGGAUCAGCGGAUUGCUGAACUCGAUGUGUUACGGAGCAGAUUGAGGUUGGUCCUCGAGGACUCUCUUACAAAAAAAAUUUGA